GGAACAAGAUAGAUAAAAGAGCUCGACUAGUCUACGUACGUUGCGCCCUCCAGACAGUAACAGUUCGGAGAUCAAGCAAUACUUCGCGCCAUGCAUCUACCAAUUGCCGCCGUAUUUGCCUUCAUUUUGUUCCCAACCGUCUGGGGUGGUUGCAAAAACCAGCUUCAGCAAAGACCCGUAUGCGCGUCAGCAUGCUGGGACGUCGCGGUUUAUGGCGCGUGCGACUCCGCUAAUCCAGAUGCGAACUGCCUGUGCAACGAACCCAUAUUCGCGGAGAGUGUGGCGUCUUGCAUCGAGAAUACAUGCAGUACAGGGGACAUCAUUGCCUAUGCGCGAAUCGCUGACGACAUCUGCGCUGAGGUGGUAUGUGGCCUCUUCCAUGCAUCUCGUAUCCUGUAUCAGACAACAGUGUCAGCAAUGGCUGACUGAUUUUCUCAGGGCGUGACAAAGACACGGCGAGCCAUACCACCGUAGUCAAUGAUAUGGAGGCGAGACGUUUCAGCACUGUUUGAUGUAACUGCCAGUAUUUUUGAUCCCAUCUAUUGCCACGUCAAUUGUAUUCUUGGAUGCAUCAUCGGCACUUCUACGUGCUGCUCCAAGACUGGACAUGGUA